AUGAUGUCAUCGGAGGAAGAUUCUGAUUCUUUCGGUUUGUACGUCGAUAAGCUGCUGAAGAAGCACGACCCGAGCGCGCCGGCGGCGACCAACAACAGCAACAGCAACAGCGACAGCAGCAACGCCAGCAGCGCCAGCAGCGGCAGCGCGAAGCAACGCGCCCGACAGCGCGUGGACGCGGGCGAACCAAGGAACAGCUACUCCUCGAUACCGAACUUCAGUUCCCGGCCGUCCUUCAUGAGCGGCGGUCUAUACGGGGCUAUCUUUAGCCAGGCGCAGCAGCAGCACUUCAGCGGCCUGUUCGGACCCGGCGGCUACGGGCCCGCCGCCAGCAAGAUGCUCAACGAACUGCUCGGGCGGCAAGUGAAGCAAGCGCAGGACGCCACGGAUCACGCGGCCGACGCCACCAGCACCACGCUCAGCAUGCUGUCCGCGAUCGAGGCGGCCGCGGCCAGCAUCGGCGGUGGCGCCCCCAGUGCAGUGAACGGUGUCAGUGGCGCCGUCGCCAAGCACGGCUUCGAGAGUGUGACGAACCUGAACAACAACAAUUCGAAUACGAACAAUAACAACAACCACGGCAAUAGCGGUGUUGGUGGUGGUGGCCACAACAAUGGCCACAGUGCGAACGGUGCCAGUGGUGUGACGGUGGUGGCAGCGGCCACAGCGGCGGCGGCGGCGACGGCGUCGUCGGAUGCGCCGACGACGAUCGGCAAUCGGCGCAGCAGCAGCACCAGCAGUACCAGCAGCAACAGCAGCAACAGCAGCAGCAUCCACAGCUCCGCCAGCAACUCCAGCAACCACCCCCAGCACCCGCACCUCCAGCACCACCUCCACCACCACCACCACCACCAGCUCAGUGAUAACGGCGGUGGUGGCGGCGGCGGCGGCACGAAGCUCGCGGUGGACGCGCGGUGCCACAGCAGCAACAGCAACAACCUUGACGGUGACUCUACAACACCACCGACCCCCGCCAUCGCCACCGGUGCCAACCCCGGAGCCGCCAGCGACAGUGAGCUGGCGCACCACAUGCUGCGCAACAUCCUGCAGAGCAAGAAGGACCUGAUGGCCCUCGAUCAGGAGCUGCGCGCGAUCAGCGGCAGCGGCGGCGGCGGUGCCGGUUCGCCCGACAACAACAACGUGAUCGGCAGCAAGAACAACAACAACAACAACAACACGAUCUUCGACGUCGUCGUGGGCAAGGGUGGCAGUGAGGGCAGCAGCAACCACCACCCGCAGCAGCAGCACCAUCCGGACGAUGGGCUGAUCGUGAUAAACGGGGGCGAGCUGAGUGACUCUUGCGAGGCACCGCUCCUGCUGGGCAGCCCCGGAGCGGCCGGAAGUGACGUGAAGGCGUCCCUGUUGUUGUGUAAUCAAAAUGGCGUCAGUGACGAGGGCAGCCCCAAGAAUCGGUUAGCGAACGGCGGGGACGGCCCGGCGGUGGUGGCGAAGCAGGAGCGGAGUGACGUGAUCGACGAGCUGGUGGCGUCGUUGCCGCCGGCGGACGAUACCGCCGACGACGAACCGAUGCCGUCGCCGGCGUCGGGCGUCAGCGCGGAGAUGCUGAUCACGAAGCAGGAGAUGCAGGACCUCGAGGACUGCUGUGGCGGUGGCGGUGAUCGGGACGACAAGGAUCGAGACGAUCGGACGCCUUCGCCGGGCGGGGAGCAACCGCCGCGAGUGGCGGGGGGCCGCCCCGGGGAACCGGAAGCGCUGAACAUGAAGCGAGCGCGGGUCGAGAACAUCGUCUCGACGAUGCACCGAGCCAGUCCGGCCACCCUACCCGGCCUCGGCCAGCAGCUGCCGGUGGGGGUGGCGGGUGCCCCGGUGAACGGGUGCAAGAAGCGGAAGCUGUACCACCCGCAGCAGCACGACAACGGAGCGGCCGAGCGGUACGCGGCGGCCGCCGCCGCAGGACUCAACCUCGGCCUGACGCUGCAGAACUUUAUGCUGAGCAGCAGCGCGGCGGCGGCGGCAGCCGCUGCGGCCGCGGCAGCCAGCGGAGGGGCGAACGCCACGAACCCGGCGGACGACGACGAGGAUCUGGUGGAGGAGUGCCGAGAGGCGACGGCCCCGUCGAGCAGCGGGGCGCCGCCGCCCCACAUCCACCAGAAGCGCGUCGAGAAGGAUGUGCUGAAGUCGCAGCUCCGCUCGAUGCAGGAGCAGCUGGCCGAGAUGCAGCAGAAGUACGUGCAAUUGUGCUCGCGGAUGGAGCAGCAGUCGGACACGACGCAGGAGGUGGCGGACGACAGCUCCACCAGCGACGACAUCCUGGAGGACGACGGUGCGGUAGCCCCGGCCGUGCCAGAGCCGGAGCUCGGAGGUCGCCCGAUGCUGCUCCAAUCGACCCCGGUCAAGGAUGGGUCAAUGAGUGGCAAGGGCGCAGGGCAGCAGCAGCAGGAUGGGGCGGCAGCCGCCGCCGCGGCGGCCGCAGCCGCCGACGCCUCCAGCAUGCUGCAGAUGAUGAGCAAGAUGAUGUCGGCGAAGCUGCACCACUCGCAAGGGUUGGCCGGGCCCCACCAGCACCCGCACCCGGCUCUGCAGGCCGCGGCCGGUUUCAACGGAGCCCACCCGUUCCUGCAGCACAUGCAACAGGCGGCCGCAGCCGCCGCUGCCGCCGCCAUGCCCCACGAAGCGCAGCAGCAGCAGCAACUGAGCAGUGCCGCGGCGAUGUACCAGAAGCUCUUCCUGGAGCAGGAGGCCCGCCUGGUGAAGGCGGAGCACGGGGAGCGGAACCAGCAGCAGCAGCAGCAGCAGCAGCAGAUGCUGCCCCAGCCACCACCACCACCACCACCGAUGCAGCAGCAGCAACUUCCGGCGCUAAUGCAAGACCGAAGUCCUCCGGGCAGUAACACCGCGCAGGUAACGUUGCCACCGGCGCCGGCCCCGCAGCCGCAGCCGGCGGUGCACCCGAUCCCCACCACUUCUUCGCAGCAACCCCCGCAGCUACUACAAUCGCCCACUGUCCAAUCGCAUUCACAGCAACCGUCCCAGCAGCAGCUGUCGCCCCGCCAGCAACCGCAGCCAACCCCGGCGCCCCAGGAACCGUCGCCGACGGCGGCGGCAGUGGCGUCGGCGGCGAUCAGUCACGGCGCGGCCACCGCGACGACGACCCCGGUGCUCCCGAAGGGCUCCGUUCCGUCGGAUCUGACGAGCCGCCUGACGAUGAUGCGGUCAGCGGUGGUGGGUAGCGCGGCGCCGCCCGGCGGCCCCGUGUCCGGCACGGACCUGGAGGGGCUAGCGGACGUGCUGAAGACCGAGAUUACGGCCUCGCUCUCGAACCUGGUCGACUCGAUCGUGACGCGCUUCGUGCACCAGCGCCGCUUCCUCGGCAAGCAGUCGGAAGCGGCGGCCGCCGCCGCCGAGCAGCUCAACAAGGACCUCCUGAUGGCGUCCCAGCUGCUGGACCGCAAAUCGCCCCGCACCAAGCUCGGCCCGGCCGCCGACCGCACGCACCACCACCACACAGGUAAUGGGCCCGCGUCGGCGACGGCGGUGCCGCCGCCAGCGCGCCUGAACGGGCCGCUGCCGCUGCCCUAUCCGCCGCUCGGCGGCAUGCCGCCGACGAUGCACGGACCGGCGCCGGAUCCGAAGAGCCAGCCGCUGCCCGCCGGCAUCAACAACGGGCACCACCAGCACCACCACCACCACCACCCCCUCCAUAUGCCCGCUCACGUUCGUCCUUCUCCCUCUGCAGCCCUGUUCCCACCGCAGGCGAAAGCGACGACCCAGGGCAUGAACUCGGUGGCCGCCGCCGCGCUCUACAACUCCAUGAACCAGGCACUCGGUGGCCCGCCCCAACCGCCACCCCCACCACCGCCGGCGACGGGGGCGGUCGCAGCGGUCAAUCCGUUCUGUUUGCCGCCGCCACCACCGCAGCCCCCGCAGCCGGCGGCGCCGAUUGAGUCGCGCGAACCCAACCCCGAGCAGUUCGAGGCCCUCAGUCUGGUGGUGACGCCGAAGAAGAAGCGCCACAAGGUGACGGACACGCGCAUCACACCCCGCACCGUGAGUAGAAUCCUGGCGCAGGACGGCAUCCUGCCGUCCGCCGCCGCCACCCACCAGCAACACCAGCUGCCGCUCGAUACUCAACAACAACCCCAACACUCCCAACAACAGCAGCAGCAGCAGCAGCAGCAGCUUCCGAUCGGCGGUGUGAACGGUUGCCACGCGGGAACCCUGAACAACAACAACAACAGUAGCUGUAACAAAAACCAAAACAACAACCAGCAGCUGAUUAACCAGCAGGCCUCGCAGCAGGCCCUGGUGCCGUCGCAGGUUCCCCAGCAACAGCAACAGCAAUCGCCGUUCAGCGCUCAGUCGGCGGCGGCAGCGGCGGCCAGCGGCCCUAAGCAGCAGCCUCCGACGGCGACGACACCGACCGAGUGUACGUCCCCGCGGUCGUCCUUCCACGGCGCGGCCUCGGCGAUGCUGCCCGUCUCGCUGCCGACCUCGGUUGCGAUCCCGAACCCGUCGCUCCACGAGUCGCAGGUCUUCUCGCCCUACAGCCCCUUCUUCAAUCCGCACGGUGCCGGCGGUGGCGGUGGCGGUCCGCACGGACCGCAGCCGUCCCAGUUCCACCACAUGAAGGUGUCCUCGAGCAGUCCGCCCGGCCUCGGCAACGGGUUGCUGGGUGACCCACGUGACUCGCCGCCCCUGCCGCACCCGCCCACGAUGCUGCAUCCGGCGCUGCUGGCCGCGGCCCACCACGGCAGCUCGCCCGACUACGGACAUAUCAGGGCGUCGAUGGACGUCACCGACCGCAGCUCGGACUGCACGUCCGCGGACAUCGCCUACAACGGCAUGGAGCCUACUAUAUCCUUUUCAAUGCAUUACCACCACCAGCCCCAGGGCCUCGCGGUCACAGCUAACGAAUCCUUAACUCCGGUGAACUCGUCAACCCUGACGCCGAUGCACCUGCGCAAGGCGAAGCUGAUGUUCUUCUGGGUGCGCUACCCGAGCUCCGCCGUGCUGAAGAUGUACUUCCCGGACAUCAAGUUCAACAAGAACAACACCGCCCAGCUGGUCAAGUGGUUCUCCAACUUCAGGGAAUUUUACUACAUUCAAAUGGAGAAGUACGCCAGACAAGCUGUAAGCGAGGGCAUGAAAAAUGCCGAUGACAUCCAUGUAAGCAAUGACAGUGAGAUUUACCGCGUCCUCAACCUACACUACAAUCGGAACAAUCACAUCGAGGUGCCCCAAAAUUUCCGAUACGUCGUUGAGCAGACGCUGCGUGAGUUCUUCCGCGCGAUACAGAGCGGCAAAGACACCGAGCAAUCAUGGAAGAAAUCUAUUUACAAAAUCAUUUCCCGAAUGGAUGAUCCUGUGCCGGAGUAUUUCAAAUCUCCGAACUUCCUCGAGCAGCUGGAGUAAACAUUAAGCCCGGGCUACUGGAGCGUGCCGCUAACCGUCUCAGUUAGUGCGCACGCUCGGAGGCGAGGAGGAGGGAGUCUUCGGGUGGCAGAAGUUAGCUAACGCGUGUCAACCAACAAAACAAAGAAGAAAAGAAAGAAACCAAAAAGUGCGGCCCGAAAGGCUUUACGGAAUUAAGACACCGAAUCAAUAAUAGGAAAAACAAGAAACAAAGAAAAAAGUAAUAUAUGAAGCACUAAUUGUGUAUGAAAACGAAACAGAGUAAUUUUAUUAUAAAAAAUUAAAAUAAAUUAUACAAAAUUGUUAUCUUAAAACAAAUUUAUGAGAUAUGAGCGUACGGGAAGAGAGCGAUGAAACGACGAGACACAAAACAUACAAAUAUGAGUGAGUCAGAGCAAAAGAAAGAGACUAUAUUAUUUAAAACCCUGAAGCAGACGGAACGGAAGCGAGAAGCGAGAAGAAAAUUUAAUACGCGAAACCUAUUAAACCAAACUCAAAACAAACAAUGAACUAAAACAAGAAAACAUUUGUGGUUCCUAUCAUGUAGUGCGCUUUUUUCCCACGAAGGCGUCUCUGCAGACAACAAAAAAGAAAACAAACAAAAUCCAGCACUCAAGUUCGACAAAGCAGAGAGAGAAAUGGGCGGCGAAAAUGAUCGAUGAAGAGAUACUUCUUACGCGCCGACUGCACAAGGCGAAACGUGUAACGCGCACAGAAAACGCACUCUGGUCGUAGUCACCGCGAGACACGCAACAUGGCCAUUCGCAGCGGGCUUGGCGCAUAGGCGCGCGUGCCCACUGAAUGCAAUUGCAUGCGCGAGAUAGGCCUUCAAUCAGAAAACGUGUCACAAACCGUGCGCAGCGCAGCGAUUGUAGUGCUUUCUUCGGAGAUUGAAACGGAAAUGGCAUCUCGGAAAAUCUUUUCACGGACGUUCAAAAAUAUAAAUAUUUAAACGAGAGAAAAGUCGAAAGCAAAAAAGCACUUACACGGCA